AUGGACUUUGAUCUCUGCUUUACUCUCGUUCAACCGGCGCCAGAUGGCUAUGAGUCCGCCGUUCCCUUGGUUCUGAUCCACGACGGCGGCGGAACAAGCGUCAACUACUACUACCUACACUCCCUUGACCGCGCCGUCUACGCCAUCCAGAACCCCAGCUUCUACUCCGGAGAGCCCUGGGAAGACGGCAUCCCCGAGAUGGGAGCGACCUACGCACAGCUCAUCCAGUCUCACGUCCCGUCCGGCCCAAUAUUGCUUGGAGCAGGCUGGUCCCUGGGCGGCAUGAUAUCGCUGGAAAUCGCCAGCAUAUUCUCGAGACAGUCUUCGAAGCUGCGGGUGCUCGGAAUCGUGAUGAUCGAUAGCGUAUAUCCGUUUACCCCAAAGCCAGCGGGCCGAACGAUUGUCCCACAUAAGCUGCAGUUUGGGAAAUAUACAAAGCCUGAGACACAGCGGCUUUCCUCAACUUGUAUGGCACAAGCCGUCGAAAUGGCGCAAACCUGGACGAUGCCCGUCUGGCGGGGCUGCUCUGACGAAACGAAGUAUAGCCGUCGAGCGGUUCUUGAAAAGGAGCUGUCUCAGAAGAUGAGGACAAAACAUCCAGAGAUCGACGAGUACGUUGAAAUUCCGCGCGAGGAGCUCGCUUCCCUGCCACAGACGAUCCUCCUCCGUUGUAAUGAGACGGUCCCGGUUUCUACACCGGAAGAUCCGAGUGCGAUAUGUCGAGUCGACGUGGCUCGUGAGUUAGAGAAGCUCGGCUGGGAGCAGUACGGCUAUGACUUUAUCUCAGCAGUCCUUCAGAUUCCCGGCCAUCAUUUUAAUAUAUUCUUUGAUGAAUAUCUUGAUGACCUCACAUCUCGUAUCAAAGUGGCCUGCAGAAUGUUAGAAAGAUCCAACAUCUAA